GGUUUCCAAGGGGAGUCCAAAGUGUCCAGCCAUUCUGGGGUGAGGGUAGGGUUCCCAUGGGAGUGGAAUAGCUGGGGCACGGAUGAAGCAGUCCAACUCUUAGGGCCUGGCAUAGGAUUGAGCCUCUUUCUGCCAGUGUCCUGGCAUCGCCCGCAGCUUUGUGGUGCAAACUCCUGAGUCCUCUUUGCUUCCUAUGCAGUCUGUUUUCCAGAACUUAGGCGCCCAGCAUCAUUUGGACCCCGGCCCACUCUGUUUCAGCCUUGUCCCUGGGUGCCUGCAGGGGUUACCACUUCGGUCUGGCAGUCAGCCCCCUUUAAGCGGUGCGGAGACUACAUCUCCCAGCGGCACCGGGAACUUCCUGACGCAGCCCCCACACCCCCAACACCCCUCCUAGCCGCCAGCCCGCGGGGAGGUGCGGGGCUGGAGGGGGGAGGUGACUUGAUGUCAUCCUGAGCAGCUGGGCGGCGGGUGCCGGUGCGCACAGAUCCGGGGCUCCCGCCGCGCCGCGCUGCGCGGGGUCGCAUCUCAAGACUUGAGGAGAGGUCUGCGCGCUGCCCAGGCCAGCCCAGAGCCCGCCGGGCGCCUGCACCCCGACCCGGGUCUGAGCUUGGGGUAUGCUCCAGCCCCCCCACCCCAGGGCCCGAGAGAGAACCCAGGAGCGCCGCCGCCCAGCUCCAGCGCCCGGAGCGAUACCGCUGUGAAAGAGCCCUGAGCAGCCACCUCCUUCCCCCCACCGGCAGCUCUUGGGGUCCGGGGACCAAAGUCUGGGCUUCUGAGAAAGCCAAGGUGGGAACCCUAAGGACUCCUCGUGACCCCUGAGAAGGACCUGAGGCCUGAGCCAUCCUCCUCUCUACCUUGCCUGCCCCCCAGGACUGGGCAGUUGCCGGAGGCCCUGGGGGGGGGCCAGGACUAUGGUUGUGCCCCCCCCUUCCGGGAUGGGCCCAAGUUAGUCAGCCCAGCCUCACUCAGCAUCCUCCAGGCCCAGAGGGAACGCCGGGGUCUCUGAAGCCUUGACCACUGCCUAGCCAUCAUGGAGACGAAGCUGCCCCCGGCAAGCACCCCCACCAGCCCCUCUUCCCCAGGGCUGUCGCCCGUGCCCCCACCCGACAAGGUGGAUGGUUUCUCCCGCCGUUCCCUCCGCAGGGCCCGGCCCAGGCGCUCCCAUAGUUCCUCUCAGUUCCGCUAUCAGAGCAACCAGCAGGAGCUCACUCCACUGCCUCUGCUCAAAGAUGUGCCAGCUUCUGAGCUGCAUGAGCUGCUGAGCAGGAAGCUGGCCCAGUGUGGGGUGAUGUUUGACUUCUUGGACUGUGUGGCCGACCUUAAGGGGAAGGAGGUGAAGCGGGCCGCCCUCAAUGAGCUGGUGGAGUGUGUGGGGAGCACCCGCGGGGUCCUCAUUGAGCCUGUCUACCCAGACAUCAUCCGCAUGAUCUCAGUGAAUAUCUUCCGGACCCUGCCACCCAGUGAGAACCCUGAAUUUGACCCUGAAGAGGAUGAGCCCAACCUUGAGCCUUCGUGGCCACAUCUGCAGCUGGUAUAUGAGUUUUUCCUGCGUUUCUUGGAGAGCCCAGACUUCCAGCCCUCCGUGGCCAAGAGAUAUGUGGAUCAAAAGUUUGUCCUGAUGCUUCUGGAGCUGUUUGAUAGUGAGGACCCCCGGGAGCGUGAGUACCUCAAGACCAUCUUGCACCGGGUCUAUGGCAAGUUCCUGGGGCUCCGGGCCUAUAUCCGCAAACAGUGUAGCCACAUCUUUCUCAGGUUCAUCUAUGAACUCGAGCACUUCAAUGGUGUGGCUGAGCUACUAGAGAUCUUAGGGAGCAUCAUCAAUGGCUUUGCGCUGCCCCUGAAGACUGAGCACAAGCAGUUCCUGGUCCGGGUCCUGAUUCCCCUGCACUCUGUCAAGUCACUGUCUGUCUUUCAUGCCCAGCUGGCGUACUGUGUGGUGCAGUUCCUGGAGAAGGAUGCCACCUUGACAGAGCAUGUGAUCCGGGGACUGCUCAAAUACUGGCCAAAAACCUGCACGCAGAAGGAGGUGAUGUUUCUGGGGGAGAUGGAAGAGAUCCUUGAUGUCAUCGAGCCCUCCCAGUUUGUGAAGAUCCAGGAGCCCCUCUUUAAGCAGGUGGCUCGCUGUGUGUCUAGCCCCCAUUUCCAGGUUGCAGAGCGGGCUCUGUAUUUCUGGAACAAUGAGUAUAUCUUGAGCCUCAUUGAGGACAACUGCCACACUGUGCUGCCUGCUGUCUUUGGGACCCUCUACCAAGUCUCCAAGGAGCACUGGAAUCAAACCAUCGUAUCUCUGAUCUACAACGUGCUCAAGACCUUCAUGGAGAUGAAUGGGAAGCUGUUUGAUGAGCUCACAGCCUCCUACAAGCUGGAAAAGCAGCAGGAGCAGCAAAAGGCCCAGGAGCGUCAGGAGCUGUGGCAAGGCCUGGAGGAGCUACGGCUACGCCGGUUACAGGGGACCCAGGGAGCCAAAGAGGCCCCCCUCCAGCGCCUUACACCCCCAGUGGCCGCCAGUGGGGGUCAGAGCUAGAGAUGCCCCAGGAGGGGAAGAGCUAAACCCAGAGCUAUCAGUCCCUCCAUCCCCUCUCCUGCCCAGGGGCCCAGAGAGACACACGCCUCCCCCUGGCCCUGCCAGAGUGGGCUUGGCGGGCUCCCUGCCUGGCCCAGUGUGGGCAGCUUUCGCUGUGGGGAGAGGAAGAGAGGAGAUGGUGGUCCUGGCAACGGAACUGUCGGGCCCUUGUGGCAGGACUUGACCAGGGCAAGCUUGACCGGGAGGCUGCCAUUGGGGAUCUGCCCCUGCCCCACAAAGCUGGGCUCCAGACCACAGGCGGGAUCCCACCCCCCGCUCCCGGCCUAGGGCAAGGGGCCUCAGCACCUUGCCCACCCCACCUCGUGCCAGCGCGAGGUCCUUCUUCACCCACCAUGGGAUCCAUGGUCUAUUUAUUCUCCUCUGCUCACCCCAACACAGACCCUGUCCUGGGCCCGGGGCACCCUCCUUCCCUCCCCUUGCUCAUCCUGUACUUCCUUGUCCCUUUUUAUUUAUUGGGCAGGGGGAGGGCACAGGCAGAAGACAUUCCCCAUUGUCCUGGGGCAAGGUUACCACGGUCUGUCCCCUUCCCCCUGGCCGGGGGUAGACUUAAUAAAGACAGAAACUUGA